CGGUGAGGGGUUGGGACUGAGCAGACUGCUGCUUCCCCCGGACCUAAUUGCAGUGGAAGGUACGGGAGAGGCGGGCGGAGGCAUGGGAACCCAUGCAUGGUCCUGUGUCCUUUCACAAUAACGUUAUCAAAGCGUACGGAUAUUGACUCACAACUGUUUGUGUGUUCAUGCAAUGAAGCACAGUUAGGUUUUUGGGUUUUUUUUUGUGUGUGUAAGCACAACGCAAAGAAGAGGAGGCCCUUGACAUUUACUGAUGUCGACUCAACGUUUUCAGGACUGAUGGCUCCAGAGUGACAUGCCAUGGCUUUAAUGAUCCCCCCGGUGAAACUCAAAUGGCUGGAGCACCUAAACAGCUCAUGGAUUACGGAGGACAGCGAGUCGAUAGCCACACGGGAGGGAGUUUCGGUGCUCUACUCAAAGCUGCUGACCAACAAAGAGGCCGUGCUGCUGCCCCAGCAGGUGCUGUGUCUGAAGGGCCCCCAGCUUCCAGACUUUGAGCGGGAAUCCCUCUCUAGCGAUGAGCAGGAGCACUACCUGGAUGCUCUACUCAGCAGCCAGUUGGCCUUGGCCAAGAUGGUCUGCUCUGACUCUCCCUUUGCUGCUGCCCUGCGCAAACGUGUGCUGGUGCUCCAGCGUAUCUUCUACGCACUUUCCAACAAGUACCACGACAAGGGAAAGGUCAAGCAGCAGCAGCACUCUCCAGAGAACAACUCGGGCUCGGCUGAUCUGCACUCUGUCAGCGAGCGGCCACGCUCCAGCACUGAUGCCCUCAUUGAGAUGGGUGUUCGCACGGGCCUCAGCCUUCUUUUUGCUCUGCUGCGCCAAAGCUGGAUGAUGCCUCCUCCGCCUAGCCCUGGUGGAGGUCCUGGGGGCAACAUAAACUUGUGUAAUGAUGUAAUUCACACAGCCAUUGAUGUGGUUAGCUCCCUGCCACCCCUCUCUCUGGCCAACGAGAGCAAGAUCCCGCCAAUGGGCCUGGACUGCCUGGCCCAGGUCACCACUUUCCUGAAGGGAGUGACCAUGCCAAACUCUGGGGCGGAUAUUUUAGGGCGACGUCUUGCCUCAGAGCUACUGCUAGGGCUGGCUUCCCAGAGGGGUUCUCUGCGCUACCUGCUGGAGUGGAUUGAGAUGGCCUUGGCUGCAUCAGCUGUGGUCAGUACUAUGGAGGAGAAUAAGGUGCUACAGAACCAAGAGGGGCUCAUCGGCUAUGAUUGUUUCAUGAACAUCCUCAUGCAGAUGAGACGCUCUUUGGGCUCCUCAGCAGAUCGCAGCCAAUGGCGAGAACCAACACGGACCUCCGAUGGCCUGUGCUCGUUGUACGAGGCAGCGCUCUGUCUUUUUGAAGAAGUAUGUCGAAUGGCAUCAGACUACUCUCGCACCUGUGUCAGUCCAGACAGCAUACAGACCGGUGAGGCACCCGUGGUGUCUGAAACCUGUGAGGUUUAUGUGUGGGGCAGUAACAGCAGCCACCAGCUAGUGGAGGGUACACAGGAGAAGAUCCUGCAGCCCAAGCUGGCCGCCAGCUUCGCCGAUGCACAGACAAUUGAGGCAGGCCAGUACUGCACUUUUGUAAUCUCUUCCGAUGGCUCUGUUCGGGCCUGCGGGAAGGGCAGCUACGGCCGUUUGGGCCUCGGGGACUCUAACAACCAGUCAACGCUCAAGAAGCUGACCUUUGAACCCCACCGGGCCAUCAAGAAGGUGUCUUCAUCCAAGGGCUCAGACGGCCACACGCUGGCCUUCACUACGGAGGGUGAGGUGUUCAGCUGGGGUGACGGUGAUUAUGGCAAACUGGGUCACGGGAACAGCUCAACACAGAAAUACCCUAAACUUAUCCAGGGGCCACUACAGGGGAAGGUGGUGGUGUGUGUGUCUGCUGGCUACAGACACAGUGCUGCAGUCAGUGAGGAUGGAGAGCUGUACACAUGGGGUGAAGGAGAUUUUGGAAGAUUAGGUCACGGUGACAGCAACAGCCGAAACAUUCCUACCCUGGUUAAAGACAUCAGCAAUGUGGGGGAGGUGUCAUGUGGUAGCUCCCAUACUAUUGCAUUGUCAAAGGAUGGACGCACUGUGUGGUCCUUUGGAGGAGGGGACAACGGAAAACUAGGUCAUGGUGAUACUAAUCGAGUCUACAAGCCAAAAGUAGUGGAAGCCCUGCAGGGGAUGUUCAUCAGAAAAGUGUGUGCAGGAAGCCAGUCGUCUCUCGCCUUAACCUCCACCGGCCAGGUGUAUGCUUGGGGCUGCGGUGCUUGCCUGGGGUGCGGUUCUUCUGAGGCCACAGCACUCAGACCCAAACUAAUCGAGGAGCUGGCUACCACCAGGGUGGUGGACAUCUCCAUAGGGGACAGUCACUGCCUGGCCUUGUCUCAUGACAAUGAAGUAUACGCAUGGGGCAACAACUCCAUGGGCCAGUGUGGCCAGGGCAACUCCACAGGGCCGAUCACCAAGCCCAAGAAGGUUGUCGGCCUGGAUGGAGUCGCUAUUCAGCAGAUCUCAGCCGGCACUUCCCACAGCCUGGCGUGGACAGCCCUGCCCAGAGACAGGCAAGUGGUGGCUUGGCACAGGCCCUACUGCGUCGACCUCGAAGAAAGCACCUUCUCCCACUUGCGCUCCUUUCUUGAACGCUACUGUGACGGCAUCAACAGUGAAGUCCCUCCUCUCCCGUUCCCCUCAUCCAGGGAGCAUCAUAACUUCCUCAAGCUGUGCCUUCGGCUUUUGUCAAAUCAUCUGGCUCUGGCGCUGGCCGGGGGCGUGGCCACCAGUAUCUUAGGUCGGCAGGCCAGGCCCCUGAGGAACCUGCUCUUCAGACUGAUGGACUCCUCUGUGCCAGAUGAGAUUCAGGAGGCGGUGAUUGAGACUCUGUCUGUGGGGGCGACCAUGCUGCUUCCUCCACUGAGAGAGAGGAUGGAGCUUCUUCACUCCUUGCUGCCUCAGGGCCCUGACAGAUGGGAGAGUCUCUCCAAAGGACAGAGGAUGCAGCUAGACAUUAUCCUGACCAGUCUCCAGGACCACACCCACGUGGCCUCGCUCCUGGGUUACAGCUCUCCUGCUGAUGGCCCAGAGGUACUUUCUUCUGGCCUGGGCUUUACAGCCUCCCCAGACCCCACAUACAGCGCCACAGCAGGCCACCCUGACACCCACCUGGCUGAGAUCCUCAUGAAGACGCUGCUCAGGAACCUGGGCUUUUAUACUGAUCAGGCAUUUGGAGAGCUGGAGAAGAACAGUGAUAAGCUACAGCAGGGCACGUCGUCCUCUGACAGCAGCCAACCGGCUCACCUCCACCAACUCCUGUGCUCCCUGCAGAAGCAACUGUUAGCAUACUGCCACAUUAACUCUGUCACUGAGAACUCCAGCAGUGUGGCUUUACUCCACAAGCAUCUGCAGCUCCUGCUGCCUCACGCCACAGAUAUCUUCUCCCGCUCAGCUACUUUGAUUAAAGAGAGUUCCUGGAAUGGCAGCAUACGAGAGAAGCUACAAGAUGUGAUCUACGUGUCAGCGGCAGGCAGCAUGCUGUGCCAGAUAAUCAACUCCUUGCUGCUGCUUCCGGUGUCGGUGGCGAGGCCUCUGCUGAGCCACCUGCUGGACCUGCUGCCUCCUCUGGACCGCCUCAACAGACUGCUGCCUGCUGCCUCCUCUCUGGAGGACCAAGAGCUGCAGUGGCCUCUUCAUGGUACCUCUGACUUUGCUGAGCCAGCCUCGGGAAUGUCCCUGCCACCGGCGGCGCUCUCCUGGGUGUGGCUCGUGGAUCUGGAGAGGACAGUCGCCCUGCUGGUAGGCCGUUGCCUUGGUGGGAUGCUGCAGGGAGCUCCAACCUCGCUGGAGGAACAGGAUACUGCUUACUGGCUCAAAACGCCCCUGUUCAGCAACGGCUUGGAAAUGGAGAUCCCGCUGCUAGACACCUGCAUCAGCUCAUUAUUGGAGGCAGCACUGUCUGGUAAUGAAGAGCAGAAGCCCUUUGACUGCACACUGCGUCCUGACUUGAGUGUCUUGGUGGAUUUGGCUCUGGGUUCCACUAAAGAACCUGCAAACAGCCUCUGGAUCAACAUGCAGGACUAUGCCAUCAGCAAAGACUGGGACAAUGCGUCUCUCAGUAACGAGUCCCUGUUAGACACUGUGACCAGGUUUGUGUUGGCAGCCUUAUUGAAGCACACAGGGCUGCUGAGCCAAGGCUGUGGAGAGGGCAGGUACCAACCAUCUAAGGCCCUUGCAGAGGUCUAUCGGAGUGUUUAUAAGGUACGAAACCGUCUGCUGGCCUGUAAGAAUAUGGAUUUCAUCCAGACGAGAUCCUCUUCGCGUGAGAGGAGGAUUUCAGACAAUCAGGACUCUCUGGACAUGGACCCUCAGGAGCACUCGUUCACACGCACCAUCGACGAGGAGGCGGAGCUGGAAGAGAGAGCCGACCGCGAGAGAGAAGAGGGUCAUCAGGAACAAGACGACGAAGAGGAGGACAGGGAACAUGAAGUAAUGACGGCUGGAAAAAUCUUUCAAUGUUUCCUCUCAGCGCGGGAGGUAGCCCGCAGUCGGGACAGAGAGCGGGCCAGCAGCAGCACAGGACUGGGCUCCGGCUCUGUUUCCAGGAGUGGAGGAGGAGGUGGUGUAGAGGAGGACGCCAUUCUGUCGCAGGAGGGGAGGAGGGGCAGUACGGGUCUCCCAGAGGGCCAGGACCUGUACACAGCAGCCUGUAACUCUGUGAUCCACCGCUGUGCCCUGCUGUUGCUGGGGGUGAGCCCUGUGCUGGGCGAGCUGACCAAGCAGAACCAGGAGGAGGGCCAGACCCAGUCAGCCACAGGAACACAGGAUUGUCUGAGCUUCAUGACCAGGAGUGAGAGUCUGAGUGCAGAGAGCCGUUCAGUGCAGAGCAGCCCGAGCUACAGACUGAUGAAGUCCAGGAGCGAGUCUGACCUCUCCCAGCCCGAGUCAGACGAAGAGGGAUACACUCUGAGUGGAAGGAGAAAUGUUGACCUGGACUUGGCUUUCUCUCACAAAAAGAGAGUUUAUUUGCUUCUUUUGGGGCAGUUGAGCCCCAAACACAAGAGGAGCUCCAAGCAAGUAAACGAUGGCUUACUUCACAGCUCCCCAGACUCCCUGGCUGAGUCCUGGUUCCGGGCCAAACUGAGCCGCCAGCGGAGCUACAGCUCGGCCCACUCCUACGAAGACUCAGACAUGGACCUGAGCCGCUCACUGGGCAUCCAUGCUCUCAUUGACAACAUGGUCAGCUUCAUCAGCGGUGAUGUGGGCCUGGCUCCAGCCUUCAAGGAGCCAGAAGAAAGUAUGUCCACCAGCCCACAGGCAACUAUCCUGGCCAUGGAACAGCAACAGAGCAGGGCGGAGCUGCGGUUGGAGGCACUCCACCAGAUUGUGGUGUUGAUCUCUGGCAUGGAGGAGAAGGGCAGCCAGCCCGGGACCGCAGAUCGAUCCAGCAGUGCCUUCCAGUCCUCCUCCCUGCUCACCUCUGUCAGGUUGCAGUUCCUGGCAGGUUGUUUUGGCCUCGGCACUGUGGGCACUGGAGGGCUGAAGAGAGAGAGUGUGCAGCUACAUCACUAUCAGGAUGGUGUAAAAGCAGCUAAGAGGAGCAUCCAGAUGGAAAUCCAGACAGCUGUUCAUAAGAUCUACCAGCAACUGUCUGUCACACUGGAGAGGGCACUGCAGGCAAACAAGCACCACAUAGAAGCCCAGCAGCGCCUCCUGCUGGUGACUGUGUUUGCACUGAGUGUUCGCUACCAGCCAGUCGACGUCUCCCUGGCCAUCUCCAGUGGGCUGCUCAACGUGCUGUCCCAGCUCUGCGGGACAGAGACCAUGCUGGGGCAGCCGCUCCAGCUGCUGCAGAAACCUGGAGUGUCCCAGCUCAGCACUGCCCUCAAGGUGGCCUCCACACGCCUGCUGCAGAUACUAGCCAUCAGCACUGGGACGUAUGCAGACAAGUUAAGCCCCAAGGUUGUCCAAUCGCUGCUGGACCUGCUCUGCAGUCAGCUGAAGAACCUGCUGUCUCAGGCAGGAGUUAGUCUUGUCUCUUCUGGAAAAGACCAAGAAGACAACAAACAGGAAGACAGUGCAGACUCUGAAAAGAAAGACUUCAGAGCUUUGAUCCGUAAGCAGCACACUGCUGAGCUACACCUUGGAGACUUCCUUGUCUUUCUCAGGAGAGUGGUGUCCUCCAAGGCCAUCCAGUCCAAGAUGGCCUCCCCUAAAUGGACUGAAGUGCUGCUCAACAUCGCUGCACAGAAAUGCUGCUCAGGGGUCCCUCUGGUGGGAAACUUGAGAACUCGGCUCCUAGCUCUUCAUGUUUUGGAGGCUGUCCUGCCUGCCUGUGAGGCCAAUAUGGAGGAUGACCAAGUGACACAGGUUGUUGAGCGGCUGUUCUCCCUGUUGUCUGACUGCAUGUGGGAAGCUCCCAUUGCUCAGGCCAAACACUCAAUCCAGAUUAAAGAAAAAGUUCAGGAACUCAAACUACAGGGGGAGGCAGAGGAGGAGGACGAGAACCUUCCCAUUCAGGAAGUGUCCUUUGACCCAGAGAAGGCUCAGUGUUGUGUGGUAGAAAAUGGCCAGGGGCUGACGCAUGGCAGUGGGGGUAAAGGCUAUGGCCUGGCCUCCACUGGUAUCUCCUCUGGAUGCUACCAGUGGAAGUUUUACAUUGUGAAGGAGAACCGAGGCAAUGAGGGUACAUGUGUAGGCGUUUCACGAUGGCCCGUGCACGAUUUCAACCACCGCACCACGUCGGAUAUGUGGCUAUACCGAGCGUACAGCGGAAACCUAUAUCACAAUGGGGAGCAAACGCUGACACUUAGCAGCUUUACUCAGGGAGACUUCAUCACCUGUGUCCUGGACAUGGAGGCCAGAACCAUCUCCUUUGGCAAGAACGGAGAGGAGCCAAAGUUAGCCUUUGAGGAUGUUGACGCCACAGAGCUCUAUCCCUGUGUGAUGUUCUACAGCAGUAACCCAGGAGAGAAGGUUAAGAUCUGUGACAUGCAGAUGAGGGGAACACCUCGAGACCUCUUACCUGGUGACCCAGUCUGCAGCCCCAUGGCCACUGUCCUGGCCGAGGCCACCACACAGCUGAUACGCAUCUUACAUCGCACUGACCACUGGACCCAUCGUAUCAACAAGACCAUGAUCGAACGGCUCCACAAGAUUAAACCUUGCUUUAGAGAGUCAGCCAGUGCAUCUGGCAGUGGUGGGGGUCAGAGGCUGAAAAAGAGUCGCUCAGUGCAGAGCCGCGAGGAGCACGACGCCCAGAGAGAGAGCCAAGAAACACCCCCGAAGACGGAGGAGGAGAGGGGACGCCAUGGUCGGCAGCAUGGCUUGGGGGACCUGUCAGAUCACCACCUGAGAACGCUCUGUACCGAGGUGUGGCCGGUCCUUGCGAUCAUCGGGGGGGCGGAUGCAGGCCUACGCGUUGGUGGGCGAUGUGUGCACAAGCAGACCGGGAGGCAUGCUACUCUGCUGGGCGUGGUGAAGGAAGGGAGUACCUCAGCGAAGGUGCAGUGGGACGAGGCAGAGAUCACCAUCAGCUUCCCAACUUUCUGGUCGCCUAGUGACACUCCACUAUACAACCUGGAACCCUGCGAGCCACUGCCCUUCGAUGUGGUACGUUUCCGUGGCCUCACCGCAUCGCUGCUGUUGGACCUUACCUACCUUACCAGCAUCCACGAGGAAACCGCUGCAAAGCUCAGCGCACGACGCCACGAGAAGAAGCAUCGCAACGCAGCCUCGACUGGGCACGAGCCGACCGGUAAUGAAGACAAGGCAGACAGUGAGGGGCACAACCGUAAUGAACAAAAGGAUAAUAUCGGAGCCUCGUCUGGAGCAGCUCCAAACACCACGACCUCUGACCUGCGUGUGUCCCACAGCCUGGAUGAGGUGAAAGCACAUGCGGCACCCAACUCAAAGUCAGAGAGUGAGAUCUCCUCUGUGGUUAGCGGAGGGGUUGGCGGGAAUGACACCCUUUUCGCUACAGCUCCUCAUACUCCUGCUGAGGGGAACAGGAAGAAAGGCCAUGAGCACGGCUCCCGCAGUCACGAGCCUUCUUCUUCCUUUAUUGCCACCCAGACGGAAAUCCACGCUGUGCAGCUGUCCUACCUCUACCUGGGAGCCAUGAAGACCCUCAGCGCCCUGCUUAGCUGUAGCAAGUAUGCUGAGCUGCUGCUUAUACCAAAGGUGUUACCGGAAGCAGCACCCAGUGGGCACAAUGCUGAUCUAAAUGCCAGCACCAGCGGAAGCACAGCUGCCACCUCGCCAGUAUGCCAGGAAGAGGUGGAGAUGCGGGCGGCUCUGCAGUUUCUCAUGCGCCAUAUGGUGAAGCGGGCAGUGAUGCGCUCCCCUAUCAAGCGGGCCUUGGGCCUGGCAGACCUGGAGAGGGCACAGGCCAUGAUCUAUAAGCUAGUUGUGAACGGGCUGUUGGAGGAGCCCAGUGGGGCGAAGGCCAAGACGGGAGUGAGAAGUGAACCAGAAGGCGAGGGGGAAGGUACAGAGGGUGAGCAGUUGGCACAAACACCAGUCACCACCAGCCCCUCUGCCUCCAGCACCACCUCCUUCAUGAGUUCCUCGCUGGAGGACACCACCACUGCUACCACACCUGUUACAGACACAGAGACUGUCCCUGCCUCAGAGUCUCCAGGGGUCAUGCCUCUUAGCCUCCUCAGGCAAAUGUUCUCAAGCUACCCAACUACCACCCUGGUUCCAACCCGUCGAGCACAGACUCCUCCGGUGUCCUCUCUGCCGACAUCUCCCACAGAUGAGGUCGGCCGCCGCCAGAGUCUCACCUCCCCUGACUCCCAGCCCAACAGACCACAAAACAGAACUGGUACCUAUUUUCAUGAUCUCAAGCAAAGAGGCACUGAGUUUGAAGCUCUGUCAGACCCCAGCAGCAGGCUGUCGACCUCUCCCCCUCCUCCUGCCAUCGCUGCUCCCCUGUUGGAGAUGGGCUUCUCCCUGCGCCAGAUCACCAAAGCUCUGGAAGCCACUGGUGCUCGAGGAGAAGCAGACGCUCAGAACAUCACAGUGCUGGCCAUGUGGAUGAUUGAACAUCCAUGUACCGAGGACGAGCACGACGAGCCUCAAACCAGAGGCAGCGGUGUCGGUGGUGAUGGGUCUGACUCGUCCUGUCCGGGUGCGACAGCCUACGCUGGAGGCAAAUCUCUGGAUCGGAGUUCCUAUCUGUGCUCUCCUGGAGACAUAGUCAGUGCGGAUGCUUCAGAAAUGGAGGAGGGCUUCAGCGAGAGUCCCGAGGGUCUGGAGCAGGACAGUGCAUCAGCCUCCAGCGGUGCACCGCUCAGAGGACGCUCUGCUGUCGGUAGGAAACACCGCUUCGACCUGGCCGCGCGCACGCUGUUAGCCCGCGCUGCUGGACUGUACCGCUCGGUGCAGGCCCACCACAGCCAGUCACGUCGAGAAGUCUCAUCCCUCCAACAGCAACAAGACCCCGGUGCCCUUUAUGACUUCAACCUGGAUGAGGAGCUGGAGAUGGACCUAGACGAGGAGACCAUGGAGGCCAUGUUCGGCCAGGACCUUGCCAGUGACACCGACAUUCUGGGAAUGUGGAUCCCGGAGGUACUGGACUGGCCAACAUGGCACGUAUGUGAGACAGACGAUCGAGAUGAAGUGGUGGUGUGCGAGCUGUGCGAGGCCAACGUGGCCAAUUUCAAUCAACACAUGAAGAAGAGCCACCCAGGCUGCGGCCGCAGCGCCAACCGGCAAGGCUACCGCAGUAACGGCUCCUAUGUGGACGGCUGGUUCGGAGGGGAGUGUGGGAGUGGAAACCCCUACUACCUGCUGUGUGGUGGCUGCAGAGAGAAGUACUUGGCCAUCAAAAGCAAGGCCAAAGUCCCCAUUGUGGAGAGGUAUAAGGGACAGGCUCCUGACCUCCUGGGAAAGCAGGACAGUGUCUAUGAAGAGGACUGGGACAUGCUGGAUGUUGACGAAGAUGAGAAGCUGACGGGGGAGGAGGAGUUUGAGCUGUUGGCCGGCCCGUUGGGUCUUAGUGAGCGCAGGAUCGUCCCCGAGGCUGUCCAGUUCCCUGACAGCGACCCACUGGGAGCCUCCAUUGCCAUGGUGACGGCCACCAACAGUAUGGAGGAGACCCUGCUGCAGAUAGGCUGUCAGACCUCGGUGGAUAAGAGUUCAUCGGGCAGGGUGACCCUCGGCGAGCAGGCAGCAGCUCUCCAGAACCCUCAUGACCGAGUGAUGGCUCUGAGGAGGGUGACGGCUGCAGCCCAGGUGCUGCUGGCCAGGACCAUGGUGAUGAGAGCCCUGUCCCUGCUGUCUGUCAGUGGCUCGAGCUGCAGCCUUGCAGCAGGUCUGGAGUCUCUCGGUUUGACUGACAUCAGGACUCUGGUCAGGCUAAUGUGUCUGGCGGCAGCAGGCCGAGCCGGUCUUUCCACCAGUCCUCCAGCGGGCUCCGGCCACGCUGAAAGGCCCCGUGGGGCCGCCAAGGCGAGCAAACCCAUCUCCUGUCUGGCUUACCUCAGCACAGCAGUGGGCUGCUUGGCCUCCAACAGUCCCAACGCCGCCAAGCUGCUGGUGCAGCUCUGCACUCAGAACCUGAUCUCUGCAGCUACCGGCAUGAAUCUGACCACAGUGGACGACCCCAUCCAGAGGAAGUUCCUGCCCAGCUUUCUGCGGGGCGUAGCUGAGGAGAACAAGCUCGUCACCUCUCCCAACUUUGUGGUCACACAGGCUCUGGUGGCCCUGCUGGCAGAUAAAGGGGCCAGACUCAGACCUGCUUAUGACAAGGCCGAUAUGGAGAAAAGAGGUCUAAUUGCGCAUUUGUAUGCCCAUCCUUCCCAUAAUCCCUCCGCUGUAGGGCCUCUGGAGCUGGCCAACGCUCUUGCGGCCUGCUGCCUGUCCUCCAGGCUUUCCUCACAGCACCGCCAGUGGGCCGCCCAGCAGCUGGUCCGCACGCUGGCCGCCCACGACCGCGACAACAACCAUAGCCGGCCGCAGACCUUUGCCGACAUGGCGGGGGACCUGCGAAAGUGCUCCUUCAUCAAGCUAGAGGCUCACCAGAGUAGAGUCAUCACAUGUGGAUGGUGCAGUAAGAAAGGCCUGUUGGCUACUAGUGGCAAUGAUGGGACGGUCAGGAUGUGGAACGUAACUAAGAGCCAGUACGCCCUCCAGCAGACCUGCAUCUUCAAUAAGGAUGAUGGCUCUUCAGAAGAGGGCAUGUCAGGUUUGGGAUCUCCCAGCGAUCCUUGCCUGUCUCCUCUUGCAUGGAGUGUCACUGGAAAGUAUCUGGCCUCCGCCAUGGAGAAAAUGGUCAACAUCUGGCAAGUUAAUGGUGGUAAGGGCCUUUUGGACGUGCAGCCUCACUGGGUGUCGGCGCUGGCGUGGCCUAAAGAAGAUGUAGAGUCCUUGUGGUGCGGGGAACCCAAAGACAUGCUGCUGGUGGGGCGAAUGGAUGGAUCUCUGGGCCUAAUUGAGGUGCUGGAUACCUCCAGUAUGCACCGCACCGAGCUGGAGCACUGCUACAGGAAAGAUGUGGCAGUGAUGCACAUAGCCUGGUACAGUGAAGACAAGCCUUUUGCUGUGGGCUACGCAGAUGGCAAGCUGCUGAUAGGAUCCAAAGAGCCCUUAGAAAAAGGAGCCAUCGUGGUCAUUGAUGCACACAAGGAGUCAAUCACCAGUAUGAAGUGGAGUCCUACUGGUCAGAUCUUGCUGACCUGUGCCAAAGAGGAGACGGUGAAGCUGUGGGCCAGUCCGGACCCUCACUCUGACUCUGGCUCUGGUUCUGGCUGGCACUGCCUGCAGAGUCUCAGACACCCCUCCCUGGUUAACGGAGUGGCCUGGUGCAGCCUGCCUGGACGUGGCCCAAAGCCCCUCAGCAUGUUAGCCAUAUGCUGCCAGAAUGGCCUGGUCUCCGUCUGGACUGUUCCUCAAGACAUCUGUAACUUCCCAGAGUCCUCCUGCUCUGACUCCGAAGGAUGGUGGGAGCAUGAAGCAAAACCUAAAUUCACGUCUUCCCGGUGGUCACGAGAUGGAGCGAUGUGUGUUUUCCAGCUGAAGGGCCACAUCACUCCAGUAAGAACGCUGGCCUUCAGCCCCGACGGUCUGGCUCUGGCAUCUGGAGGAGUGGGAGGCCUCAUGAACAUCUGGUCCCUGCGGGACGGGUCAGUGCUCCAGACAGUGGUAGCUGGUUCAGGGGCGAUCCAGAGUAUUGUCUGGAUCCCAGAUGUGGGUGUCGCUGUCUGCUCCAACAGGUCAAAGGAUGUGCUGGUUGUGAACUGCUCCAAAGAGUUCAUGGCGUCCAACCAUGUGCUGGCCACUUGCCGCACAGCUCUGAAGAAGCAGGGCGUGGUCGGCCUCAACAUGGCGCCCUGCAUGAGGGCCUUCCUGGAGAGACUCCCCGUCAUGCUGCAGGAGCAGUACGCCUACGAGAAGCCUCAUGUCGUAUGUGGGGAGCAACUCGUCCACAGCCCCUAUAUGCAGUGCCUAGCCUCCCUGGCUGUGGGUCUCCACCUGGACCAGCUCCUGUGUCGCCCCCCUGUGCCGCCUCCCCUCAGACACUGCCCACCAGAGUCUGGCACCGCCAUCUGGUGUGCCAGCGAGUGGGCCUGGUUGGACUGCUUCUCUACAACAGUCAAGGCGGCGGAGGCCCUCGCUCGAGGCGCUACCUUCCCCGAGUCGUUCUCUGUUCCUGACCUGGAGCCUGUGCCCAAAGAUGAAAUGGCUCUGCUCAUGGACAACAGCAAAUGGGGGUCUGGUAUGGAUGAACAGAUCAUGUCCUGGGCCACUUCUAGACCAGAGGACUGGCACCUCGGGGGGAAGUGUGAUGUGUAUCUGUGGGGUGCAGGGCGACACGGCCAGCUGGCAGAGGCUGGCAGAAAUAUCCUGGUGCCAACCGCUGCCCCGUCCUUCUCUCAGGCCCAACAGGUGGUGUGUGGUCAGAACUGCACCUUUGUGAUUCAGCCUAACGGGACAGUGUUGGCCUGUGGGGAGGGCAGCUACGGCCGUCUGGGGCAGGGCAACUCUGACGACCUGCAUGUUCUCACGGUCAUCUCAGCUCUUCAAGGUUUUGUUGUGACUCAGCUGGUGACAUCAUGCGGCAGCGACGGUCACUCCAUGGCUCUGACGGAGAGCGGCGAGGUGUUCAGCUGGGGGGACGGGGACUACGGUAAGCUAGGUCACGGGAACAGCGACCGGCAGCGCCGACCGAGACAGAUUGAAGCCCUGCAAGGAGAGGAGGUGGUGCAGAUGUCCUGUGGGUUCAAACAUUCGGCAGUGGUAACAGCUGAUGGAAAGCUCUUCACAUUUGGUAAUGGAGAUUACGGCAGACUGGGUUUGGGAAACACCUCGAACAAGAAGCUACCAGAGAAGGUCACCGCUCUGGAGGGCUACCAAGUCGGACAGGUGGCUUGUGGUUUGAACCACACGUUAGUCGUCUCUGCUGAUGGAAUGAUGGUUUGGGCUUUCGGUGACGGAGACUAUGGAAAACUGGGACUUGGCAAUUCCACAGCCAAGUCGUCGCCUCAGAAAGUGGACGUGCUGUGUGGAAUCGGCAUCAAAAAAGUGGCUUGUGGAACCCAGUUCUCUGUGGCUUUAACCAAAGAUGGCAAAGUUUUCACGUUCGGCCAAGACCGUCUAAUUGGCUUACCAGAAGGCCGAGCCAGGAACCACAACCGGCCCCAGCAGGUUCCGGCUCUGUCAGGGAUCCACAUCCAGGAUGUCGCUGUAGGAGCUGAACACACUCUGGUGCUCUCCUCCACGGGAGACGUUUAUACCUGGGGCAGCAACUCAGAGGGACAGCUGGGUCUGGGCCACACCAACCAUGUCAGAGAGCCUACAGUGGCGACAGUGCUGCAGGGCAAAAACAUCCACCAGAUCUCUGCUGGACGCUGCCACAGCGCUGCAUGGACGGCUCCCUCUGUGCCGCCUCGAGCACCAGGCUCGUCGGUUCCCCUCCAGCUGGGUCUUCCUGUGGCGGUGCCUCCUCAGUACAACGGGCUGAAAGAGGUCAGCAUCGAGGCGGUCAGGGCUCGCCUACGACUCCUCUACCACUUCUCCGACCUCAUGUACUCCUCGUGGAGACUGCUCAACCUCAGCCCCAACAACCAGAGCUGUACGUCCCACUAUAACGCUGGUACUUGGGGGAUUGUUCAGGGCCAAUUGAGGCCCCUGUUGGCCCCCAGAGUGUACACUCUGCCCAUGGUGCGCUCCAUAGGCAAGACCAUGGUGCAGGGCAAGAACUACGGCCCCCAGAUCACUGUCAAACGGAUCUCCACACGGGGACGGAAGUGUAAACCGAUCUUUGUGCAGAUCGCUCGCCAGGUUGUGAAGCUGAACGCCUCAGACCUUCGACUGCCCUCGAGGGCCUGGAAGGUCAAACUGGUGGGAGAGGGGGCUGAUGAUGCCGGGGGGGUCUUUGAUGAUACCAUCACAGAGAUGUGUCAGGAGUUGGAGACGGGAGUGGUCGACCUGCUCAUCCCCUCCCCCAACGCCACAGCAGAGGUUGGCUACAACAGAGACAGGUUCCUCCUCAACCCAUCCGCAUGCCUGGAUGAGCACAUGCUCCAGUUCAAGUUCCUGGGCAUCCUGAUGGGCGUGGCCAUCCGCACCAAGAAGCCCCUGGACCUGCACCUGGCUCCCCUGGUGUGGAAACAGCUGUGCUGCAUCCCCCUAAUGUUGGAGGAUCUGGAGGAAGUGGACCUCCUUUACGUGCAGACGCUCAAAAGCAUUCUUCACAUUGAAGACAGUGGCAUCACCGAGGAUAAUUUCCAUGAGAUGAUUCCUCUGGAUUCCUUUGUCGGGCAGAGUGCAGACGGCAAGAUGGUUCCCAUCAUCCCCGGAGGAAACAGCAUCCCUCUCACUUUCUCCAACAGGAAGGAAUAUGUGGAACGAGCUAUUGAGUACAGGCUGCAUGAAAUCGAUCGACAGGUGGCGGCGGUGCGUGAAGGCAUGUCGUGGAUCGUGCCGGUGCCGCUGCUCUCCCUGCUGACGGCCAAGCAGCUGGAGCAGAUGGUGUGCGGCAUGCCCGAGAUCUGCUGCGACGUGCUGAAGAAGGUGGUGCGCUACAGGGAGGUGGACGAGCAGCACUCCCUGGUGCAGUGGUUCUGGCAGACUCUGGAGGAGUUCUCCAACGAGGAGCGGGUCCUCUUCAUGCGCUUCGUCUCCGGACGCUCGAGGCUGCCCGCCAACACGGCCGACAUCUCUCAGAGGUUUCAGAUCAUGAAGGUGGACAGGCCGUACGACAGCCUGCCGACCUCUCAGACCUGUUUCUUCCAGCUACGUCUGCCUCCGUACUCCAGCCAGGCCGUCAUGGCUGAGCGGCUGCGCUACGCCAUUAACAACUGCCGCUCAAUCGACAUGGACAACUACAUGCUCUCCCGUAACGUGGACAACGCAGAGGGCUCCGACACGGACUACUGACGCAGGCGGUUUCACACAUAAAUCAGUCAGAGUCCCAGGAAUGAGCGGGCGAGGACCGUCCGAUCCGAACGCCACGCAAACCCAGAGAUGCUUCGUCAUCACUGCACCGGUUGUAGGGAACUCCUGAACAGAAAGGCCACUUUUUAAAAAAAAUCCAUUUUAUGUACUUUCAAACAGCACAGAUUUUCAUUUCUCCUUGUGGUUUAUUAGCAGUUUUUAAAUGACACAAAAAUCCACACGAGAAGUGCAUUUAGUGUUAAUUAUUUUUCCCCAUUACUCCACAUCCCAUUUUCAGGGUUUCUGCAUGGAGGUAUGUUUAUUUGUUUGGAAAUGUGUAUAGAAUAUUCAAGACAGAGGUGGGGGAGAGAAUAUUGUACAUUGUGUAAAAUGCUUCAUUAGGAAAAUGUUUUGCAUAAUAUCCAUAUUUAUUGUUUUCAUUGCCUAUGCCGAGUUUCCCAAAGCAUACAAAAAACCAACAAUAAAUGCUGCAUAACUGA